GGGAAGAAGAGGAACAAGAAGGGAAACGCGGGGUGGGCGAGCAUGACGACGAUCGCGACGAGCAGCGAGUCGAGCGAGGUGGUGUCCUCGGUGGACGUGACCACGACCCUGUUGAACGCCAUCUCGAGCGAGGAGGAGGGCCGAUUCGGGAACGCGAGCUACUCGUCGCCGUCGGGCGAGCAAAAGUUGUCGGUGCCUGUGACGAUCGUGAAAGGUUGCGUGUUGGGCUCCAUCAUAGUGACCGCGGUGUUCGGCAACCUGUUGGUGAUGGUGUCGGUGAUGCGGCACAGGAAGCUGCGGAUCAUCACCAAUUACUUCGUGGUCUCUUUGGCGUUGGCCGACAUGUUGGUCGCCAUGUUCGCCAUGACGUUCAACGCGAGCGUGCAAUUGACCGGCAAAUGGUUGUUCGGUUAUUUCAUGUGCGACGUGUGGAAUUCCCUGGACGUGUACUUCAGCACGAGCUCCAUCCUUCAUCUCAUGUGCAUCUCGGUGGAUCGUUACUGGGCGAUCGUGAAACCGCUCAAAUAUCCCAUCAUCAUGACCAGGAGGCUGGCCGCCUAUAUGCUGCUCGCCUGUUGGAUAUUGCCCGCCUUCAUCUCGUUCAUGCCCAUCUUCAUGGGAUGGUACACCACCCCGGAGAACAGUAUGCACAGGCAGAAGCAUCCCGACUUGUGCGAGUUUAAGGUGAACAAGAUUUACGUGAUAUUCUCCUCGAGCAUCUCGUUCUGGAUACCGUGCACCAUCAUGACGCUCACGUAUUUCGCCGUGUUUAAAGAGGCGAACAGGCAGGAGAAGCAAAUGCACAGCAGGAUGGGGAACGUGAUGCUGUUGAGCCACAGGCCGAGCAAGGAUUUGAAUAAUUUGAACGGGGAGCUAAACAGCGCGGGCUCCUCCAAGACGUUGACGUUGAACGAGAUCAGUACCAAUCAUCUGCACACGCCCACCAAGGAUAAGAAUAUCAUGAAGAUGAAGAGAGAGCACAAGGCUGCUAGGACGUUAGGCAUCAUCAUGGGUACCUUCAUACUAUGCUGGUUGCCGUUCUUCUUGUGGUACGUUAUCACAACAUUAUGCGGAGAAUCCUGUCCGUGUCCCGACAUCGUGAUCGCCCUGCUUUUCUGGAUCGGGUACACGAAUUCGGCGCUGAAUCCGUUGAUCUACGCGUACUUCAACCGCGACUUCCGAGAAGCUUUCAAGAAUACUCUGCAGUGCGCGUUCUGCUCGCUCUGCAGACGAGAGCCGUCCGAUCUCGAGGCGCUCGAUUUCCGUCGGCCGUCCCUAAGUUUUCAAACGGGACAAUCCAUGUUAGAAGAAAACAAAGCGAGCAACAGAGAGCCUCUCAACCCAAUUGCAAACUUCAGAUAAAAAUGAGAAAAGUAGCGGUACGACGAUCGCACUAAGAGCAUAUAUUCGGAGACGUACAUCAAACACAUCGACCGACGAAGAUCGAGCGAGUACGGUAGCAGCCUCUGAAAGAAGAGCAACCACCAACUUCGCUCGCGAUGUUCCAACAAAAAGAGAGAAAGACACGCAGAAACACCUACACACCCACCUGAUAAUUAUACAUCCGUAUCGUCGCCUAUCUACACAACACGUACCUACACACAUACGUACCAAACGACCCGUUAAUCGUCGAUUAAUAUACGUAACGUGUUAGCGCCAUUUUGCCAAAAACUCGCGGAACACGAAUCUUGCCAAGUGAAUGCUCGCGUUUUUUAUCCAUCUGCGUCGCGUGUUUACGGUUUCCGUGCAAAAUUCCGAUCGGGUGCACGAUUCUCGCUCCGUCAAAGCGAUUUGAAGAAGAAUUAGCAAUGGAAAAAGAAAAAAAAAAAGGAUCUUCGGUGUUAAGCCUGAUUCAGGAAAUAUAUAUUUUUUAGCGAAAAUGUCGUCCGAGACUAAUUAAAGACCAC